GGACAAAAGGCGAAUCUGUCUGACGGUGGAUUGAAACCCAAUUAGAAACAGAGGAGACAUUUUGGGAAAACUGUCAGUGUCUGUGUGCCCCGGCGCCCCAAGGCAAUAGAUAUAUGGUAAAAUAAACAUCUGUGGAGGCUCGUAGACUGGAAUAUUAAGGAUGUUCCAGCAGAGUGAGGAGCCUCGUUUCACCAUCGAGCAGAUCGACCUCCUCCAGAGGCUAAGGAGGACCGGCAUCACACAGGGGGAGGUCCUCCACGCCCUGGACACCCUGGACCACCUGGACCGGCAACAUGGACACAAGUUGACCCACAAACCUCCCUACAUGCCUCCCUCGUCUUCCUUAUCUUCUUCCAGCACCGUUGUCGCCUCUUCCUCCAUGACUUCCACCGCCACUCAGACAAGCUUCCCGAGCAACCGACACUCACCGUCACCCAGUAACAACUUCGAUACCACCUCCCCGCCUCUACCUAUUCCAGUAGCGUCGCCGGUCGCCAUGGCAGCGGUAGUCCAGAACGGCCUAGUUGCCGUCACCAAUGGGAAGCUGUCACCGCCUCGGUUUCCUCUCGGCGUGGUUAGUGGCAGCGUGACGGCACCAGGCUACGGGUUUGAGACCAGUGAGGAGGACAUGGAUGUUGAUGACAAGGUGGAGGACUUAAUGAGGAGGGACAGCGCUAUGAUCAAAGAAGAAAUUAAGUCCUUCCUGGCAAACAGGCGCAUCUCCCAGGCUGUGGUCGCUCAGGUAACAGGGAUCAGUCAGAGUCGGAUCUCACACUGGCUCCUCCAGCAGGGGUCGGACCUCAGCGAGCAGAAGAAGCGAGCCUUCUUCCGCUGGUACCAGCUGGAGAAGACCAACCCUGGUGCCACUCUUGCGAUGCGAGCCGCCCCGCUGGCUCUGGAGGACGUGAUGGACUGGCACCAAGCCCCGCCUCCGUUUGGCUCCGCCCCCGGAGGCUUCCGUCUGCGGCGAGGGAGCAGGUUCACCUGGAGGAAGGAGUGUCUGGCUGUUAUGGAGAGCUACUUCAUGGAUAACCAGUACCCUGAUGAAGCAAAGAGAGAGGAGAUUGCCACUGCCUGCAAUGCUGUUAUUCAGAAACCAGGAAAGAAGCUGUCUGAUCUGGAGAGGGUAACUUCUCUGAAGGUCUACAACUGGUUUGCCAACCGCCGCAAAGACAUCAAGAGGCGCGCUAAUAUUGAAGCAGCCAUCUUGGAGAGCCACGGCAUCGAGGUUCAGAGUCCAGGUGGUCAGUCCAACAGCGACGAGGUGGAUGGUAACGACUUCCCUGAUCAGGGCUGUGAGGUGUCCUUAUUUGACAAGAGAACUUCAGCCAGGCAGUUUGGUUUCAGUCGAGCUGACCUGUCCUCUCCAACCCAGGUACCCACGCUGCUCCCAAGCUGGUUUUCAGCCCUCGGUAGAGGAGGCUUGUCUGGACAGAGGGGAGGUUCUCUGAUUGGGCGCUCCCUAGUGUCCGGGGCAGGCGCUCAGGCGGAAGGUUCCAGAUUGACAGGCGUGUCCUGGUCUCCUCCUUCCCCCUCCCUCCAGGACGAACCCACCAUUCACAGCGAGCUGUCCGAGACCCAGGACCCGAUCGUUUUGGAGAAGACGGCCGUCAGUCACAGCGAUCAAGCCCUGGCCAAUCAGGUGGACGGGGCGGGGUGCAGCAUUGGAAAUGACAUCAAGACGGAAACAUUGGAGGACGACUGAAACAGCCGGUGUAAACCGGAGUUGUGAGUUUGAUGAAUGGAACAGGAUCAGAGGUGUGUUAAUAUGCAAGCAGAUUUUAUAGGAAUGUAAUAAGUGGAAAAAAAAAGACCAAAAGUCGUGUAAACUCCAACCCUGAGAUACCUCCCAACCCUACCUCCAACCACCAACCUGCUCUGCUACGCUCUUAUAGGCAUUACUAGUAUAUAAUAAUAAUUAUAAUAAUAAUAAUAAUAAACUUUUAUUUGUUAAAGUGCUCCCCAGCAGGCUAUGGAAGAUUAAACAUGCCGAAAUAAACACAAA